AAGAGGCAAUAUUUCAAGAGGAUAACGCACCAAUUCACAAGAGCAAACUUGUACGGGGGCUUAAAGAUAAUCUCGGAAUUGUGACAAUGGAGUGGCCAUCACAAUCACCAGACCUGAGUCCAAUUGAAAAUGUGUGGAGAGAGAUUAAAUGCUGGAUUCAUAAGAACCGAAAACCACAGACAGAAGCUGACUUGGAGGAAGCCGUAUUUGCCGCAUGGAAUACAAUUACAUUUGAGAAAAUUCUUCACUUUAUAGACUCAAUGCCAGAACGUAUUAACGAAGUAAUAGAAAAAAAUGGACAUGCAAUCCACUAUUGA